GGGGGAUGACAGGCAAAUGUUCCCUCGGUUGGAGUCGAAGCAGCUCGCCAUGGUUCUACAUGGAUAGCUCAAUGCAGCUAAAAAUGACACCUAAACGCACGCUAAAUGUCUUAACUCAGGUGGCAUUGGAUUCGUAAAUCUGUCAGCCAUAGGAGGAUUUUGGCGAAACUGGGCUGAAACAAAGGAAUGCAUUGAGCUGCUGAGCGUUUUGUUUGAGCAUCAGAAUGGCACAUUUGUUGCUCUAUAGCUUUCUUUUGUCCUGCGGUGGAGCGCUAAUAUUCAUCGCCCCUGCUUGCGCCAUUUGCCCCGAGCGAUGCGACUGCCAGCACGCGCAGCACAUCCUUUGCACAAACCGCGGUCUGCGCGCGGUGCCCAAAGCGCCUCAAGUGGAGCGCGCGGGAGACGUGCAAAUACUCGGCCUCGCGGGAAACUUCAUUCACAACAUCAGCGCGUUCGACUUCAUGCGCUACGGCAACCUAAUGAGGCUCAAUCUCCAGUUUAACCAAAUAAGGAAUAUACACCCUAAAGCAUUCGAGAAACUGUCCAAGCUGGAGGAACUGUAUCUGGGCAACAACUUGAUUUCGACAAUAAGACCUGGCACUCUGCAGUCGCUGAAAAAACUCACAAUAUUAUAUAGUAAUAACAACGAAAUCAAGGAUAUUAUUUCCGAAUCGUUUAGCAAUUUAAAUAGUCUAGUCAAGCUAAGACUUGAUGGGAAUUCUAUUGAAGUUAUAAACGAGUCUGCCUUCAAAGGUCUGACGAAUUUAAUGUUUCUACACUUAGAAUCGAACCAACUUUGGUACAUUGAACGGAAUGCCUUCUUUAGACUCAAUAAACUGCAGUUUUUAAAUCUAUCAGACAAUAAACAAACAGAACUGCGUGAUAUUUUUAUGUUUUCUCAUCUUAAGUCCCUUGCAACUCUUCUGCUCGCUGGCAACGAAAUAAGGCACGUUGGAAACCAAGUAUUUCAGAACUUGAAAAAGCUCACAAACCUAUCGCUAAGCAGAAACAAAAUAUCAAAGCUGGACAAAAAGGCGCUACAAGGGCUUUCGCGCGUAAAAGAGUUCACGAUUGACAGAAACGAGUUGAUAGAGAUCCCUGCAGGUCUAUUGGACCCUCUCGAGCGUAUUGAACACCUUGACUUCAGUGACAAUCACAUAUCUCGAGUUGACCCUGGUGCUUUCGGUCACCUCUCACAUUUGAAAACCUUGAAACUAAAAAACAACCGUCUCACGAAUCUGUCCGGUGGUAUUUUCGCCACCAACGGCGCUCUGUUUCACGUCGACCUGAAUGGAAAUAACUGGACGUGCGACUGUCGGAUGGAGAAGCUGAAAAGCUGGAUGACGGAAGCUCAUUCUCAGGGAAAGCUGUUGACUGUUUUUGUGCGCUGCCAUCACCCCCCAGUUUUGGCGGGAAAAUAUUUGGACUACGUCAAUAACUCUCAUCUGGGUAAUCUGAGUGGCUAUUGCGAGUCUGCACCUCUAUCUCAAGCAAUGGAGAGCCGUGGAGCAGAACUCAAGGAGGAAAUAGGGAAGAGAGGAGAGAAACAUGAAGAAGAUGGGAUCCAAGGGGAUGAAGGCGAGCAAGGGCAUGUGACACCUCUAGAGAGAAAGAAGAAGAGAAAAAUGGGUAGCACAAGGCCACGUCCCACAACUGGGGAUUCUGAAAAUCUCAGGAAUACAGGGAACAUCUCCGCAUUGGCAAAUAGUACUAAUUAUUUGACAACCAAGACAAUUACCUUGACAAGUCAUAGCAACCAUAACCAAAAUGCUGUUACCCACUUUCCCUUAGCUCUGGACCCACAGGAACAGUUCAACCUGCCCUUACAGGAAAGAGCGAAGCAUCAUGACUCAAGGAUUGUAGUAAUCACAGAUUCUUGUCAGUUCAACCGUUAUUCCAUCUUGAAUGUUAGUGUGGAAGAUGUCACUUCCAAUACAGCCACAGUUCGCUGGAGCACAGCUCCUGACAUUGCACUGAUUCAUGGGAAAGAACUUCUAUUCCGUGUUUUAUUUGACCGGUUUGGGCAUGCUUUCCGUUUCCCACGUUAUGUUUAUACAGAUGGAUCUGACCAGGCAGUGACCCUCCAAGAGCUCCGCCCAGACUCCACCUAUAUCACCUGUGUGGAGAGUGUAGUGGGUGGGGCUUUGUGCCAGGUAGCUCCCAGAGAUCACUGUACUGGAUUUGUUACACUUUUGCCUUCAGUGACAAGUGAGGUCAACCUACAGCUCAUCACAGUUGCAGCUCUGGCUGUCAAUGCGCUGCUCCUCCUUCUGGUGGGCGGAGUCUGGAUGGGGCGUGUGUUGAAGAGGAGGAUCAUAAGUAGGAAGUCAUCUGCACAUGCACAUGUGCGUCAUAUGUACUCUACCAGACACCCGUUUCGUUCAACCAUGGCCACCACUUGUGUCUCCUCUGAAUUCAGUGGUUACCAGAGUGGCAGACAAUUGGCUGAAGAAGGUGACCUCAUCCAGUUCCAUGGUGACCGUUUCUUUGACAACAGCCCUUCAAGAAGAGAUGAUGAUGUCAUAAUGGUUAGAUACUCAGACUAGAUGAGUUGUUUUGUGUGCGUGUGUGUGUGCGUGCGCAAACAAUCUACAAUGUUUGCUAAAUCAUGUUGGCCACCAAUGACACAUCACUAGAUUAUACCAUUAUUGUCAAAAACAUGCACUUUCUUUCUUUCUUUCUUUCUUUCUUUCUUUCUUUCUUUCUUUCUUUCUUUCUUUCUUUCUUGUCUAUGCAUAUGCUGCUGGUUGGCAGAAUUGCCUGGCUUUGAAAUUAAUGUAUUUCUGUCCUUUUAUAGAUUAUAUUACUUAUUUUACUCUAUACAGAUAUACUGAAAUAUUCAGGUGAUGUAUAUUACUUGAAUUACAACAAAAUGCCUUUGUUACAUUUUAUAUGUUUCACUUUUACCAUUGUUUCCCCUUAUUUUGUUCAAUAAAUAAGUAAACUGUAGACAUUGUGCAUACUAAUGAAAGUGUAUUCUAUGUAAGUAAUUCAACAAAACUCCCAUCUUACAGUAAA